CGUGUCUAUAACAGGAAGUGACGUAACUGGGUCAAAGUCCGCACGCGCUGCUGUCAGGAGGAGCGGCAACUUCGUCAUGGCGUUGCGCGUCCUGGUCGGGGUGAAGAGAGUCAUUGACUACGCCGUCAAGAUCCGCGUGAAGCCCGACAAGACCGGCGUGGUGACAGAUGGCGUGAAGCACUCCAUGAACCCAUUCUGCGAGAUCGCCAUGGAGGAGGCCGUCCGCCUCAAGGAGAAGAAAUUGGCCAAGGAGAUCGUGGCCGUGAGCUGUGGUCCCCAGCAGUGCCAGGAGACGAUUCGCACGGCGUUGGCCAUGGGCGCCGACCGGGGCAUCCACGUGAACGUGUCGGGCAAGGAGUACGAGGCCAUGGGGCCCCUGCAGGUCUCCAAGAUCUUGGCGGCGCUCGCCAAAAAGGAGGACGUCAAUCUCGUGAUCCUCGGUAAACAGGCUAUUGACGACGACUGUAAUGAGACAGGUCAGAUGACUGCAGCUCUGUUGGACUGGCCUCAGGGCACGUUUGCGUCUGAAAUCCACCUGGAGGGUGACAAGCUGAAGGUAGUACGCGAGAUUGACGGUGGGCUGGAGACGAUCGUGAUCAACAUGCCGGCGGUGAUCACAGCGGACCUGAGGCUCAACGAACCGCGCUACGCCACCCUGCCCAACAUCAUGAAAGCGAAAAAGAAGAAGAUUGACAUGGUCACCCCGAAGGAUCUAGGUGUGGACAUGGCAUCGCGGGUGGAAAUUUUGUCCGUAGAGGACCCACCCCAGCGGCAGGCCGGCAUCAAGGUGGAGACCACCGAGCAGCUGGUGGCCAAGCUGCGAGAAAUCGGACGGAUAUGAGCGACGACGCCAUGAAAUGUUGAACGUUGUCCUCUGCUUGACAGGAGCGAUGGCGAGUGCUUACCAACACACGGACUGAGGAUCCGAUUCCCACAGCAGCUGUUUGGGGCUACUGGGCCUAAAACGUGCCUUGGCUCCAGCAGACACUAAGCAACCACCCACAGUGCUGUUAGUCACUUUGGUUUUUUUGUGGUCUGAUGCCAUUAUUUGUAAUCGGAUGUUGUCAUUUAGACAAAUAAAGUUGAUGCGAUAAUAUACCCUGCAUUGGAUUCACAGUCCAUAUGAAUCUUUAUUAGCAUUGAGCGUAUAUCUACCGCACAGUUGAAUCAUAUAGAAUGGUUUACGUUCCCCUUUUGUGCAUUGAUUGCCACUCAUACUCAUUUGCACCAUUAGUUUUCCUCGAUUGGCAGCGUAUAAGUUAAAAUCUCUGCCAAAUUACAAUCCAGUACUCUACAUUAAAGCCACCAAAUGGGCUACUCUGGCAUGUUUCAGCUGUUCCUUUUCAUUUGAGUUGAGUGUGCACAUUGCUCUUGAUUUGUUCGAGCAUAUCAAGAUGACGAGACACAAAAACCCUUCAUCGUUAAGUUCACUUGCAUAACCAAAAGCCGAUGCUCAAAAUGUUCGCGCAGUGUUACUUUUGCCAAAAUAUUCCAUGAAUAACAAAGAUCUCUCAAUAUUUCUUAUCAUCUGCAACAUACGUUGCAAUCUAUGUUUAGCGUUGCCAUUAUCCUUGAGUUUAUAUUAAAAUGCAACGUGUUUAAAGAUCACAAAUGUGUAUCUUUUUAGUACUGACCAACUUGAAGCAUGUAACUCGUAACAGCUCUCAGUAACAAAUAUUCGGAUACCAGCACCCUUCUUGCCCAGCAAGUGAUGAGAGCCUUUUAAGAUGUGACAUUUUUUGUCAAUGAAACAAAAUGCCUUUCACAUUUUUGACUGGUAGCAUCUACACAGCAUUUUUAGGCAAGGGCUUCAGAUGUGAUGCAUUUUAAGAUAGGCCCUCCAUCUUUUAGCCAGCAAAAAACAUCGUGUCUGUUUCAUUAUAUCAAAACAUUUUGUCAAUCUCCCAUGUGUUUUCAGUUUGCUGUUUAAAUGCUGUUGGAAAACAUUGGUUCAGACUCAAUAAUUUUAAAAUAGAGUUUGACUGCUUUGCAUCAUCCUUUAUUUACCACAGCAUCGCAUAAUAAAUUACGUGCAAUGUCGUGGAAUAUUCUGAAACAAGAAUGCAAGUGGAUUUUCUCCUGAACAGUGCGAGGUAAAAAUGUGGUCAUGCUGGCAAAAAUCACGAGGACUUUGACAGUGAUAUAGCCUCCGCACCCACCACCAAACCUUUCAGCCACCACCGCUUAUCCAGUCCCUGAAGGCAGCCAGUGAAUUGUUGGCAAAGUGUAUUGUGUUGGUGGUGUCAGGCUAAUUUCCAGUUCGGAUUGGGAGUUGUAACCAUUAAGCUGGUUUACCUUACAGAUCAUUUGUAUACGUUAAUUUUGUAGAGGCUAUGCUCCCAACGUGAGAUCCCUACUGCGGGCUGAGGACUAACAAUUAUUGGGAGUUAAUUAGCAGCAUGAGGUACAAUUUAGUAGUUAAAAUUUAGUAGUUAAAAAACAGUAAUUUGGUCGUGUUGUUGACUAAACUACAUACAAUUAUCACAAGGGGAGGGGGGGUAAAAAAAAACAUACCCAUCGCGGGAGCAUUCUGUAAAAUUGUUCGUGAGAUGCAUGCGUGGUUUAAACUCGAAUUGUCAUGAUGUAACCCUGUUGCCGAAUUGGUGCGAAGAGGCGAGAGUUUGAGGCUGACCUGUCGCAUUCCUCACAAAGAGGGAACUGUAACAAAGUGGAACAUUUCACUUAAAGAGUGUUUAAAUGCAAUCAUGUACGGUGACCUUAAACACUUAGGUUCUGUACUCGGUUUACCUCUUUGAAAAGGCAGAGAGAAAAUCCAUUCGAAGUGCUUUGUGUUAGGCAGACCAUACGAUUGUGAACUCGAACCUGAAGAGAAUGAAUGCGUCAAUCAUACCCGUCAACCCCUUAUCAGUGCCCUCGCCUUAUUACAGACCAAUUCAGACCUUAUUGGUCACCCCGUGCCCCCUUAUAAAUCUUCCAACAUUCAUCCUACAAAGUCCCAUUACAAUGGGAAAAAAAACACAAAGUUUUUGCCCGUAUUGAAACGGCUGUCCGCCGUGUGGACCUGAGAACGCAAUUUCCCCUCUACAACAAUACGGUAAAACCGAAUGCGUUGACAGGUAUGGGAUAAUCCGUGGAUUAAAAUAUAAGAGAAUUGAAAAACGCAUUUCAAAUAAUCUGCGGGAAAACCGACGACGACAAAACCUCGACUCGAGUGGCCGCAUUCGUGCAGGCGAUCACACAACCACCGUCUUUGCUUCGUGAGGGAAUUCCACACCUGGGUCGACAGACGCAACCUUAAAGAAGAAAAUAAAAGCAGCCGUAGAUUGUGAGUGGUCUGUACAUUUUAAUGAACAGUUAACGAUUAAGGCGAUAACUCGUACCAGAGGUAUUUUUUCCCGCGCUUUCUCAUUCCGGACGUCCCCCAGUUUUUUUGUUGUUAAGGACUGUACAGUUAUUCCAAGGCUUUUGUUCGUUAUCGUCAAUUGCGUUUCACUCUUUAGAUACGCGCCGUUAAUAUCUCAAAAACAAAUGUAACAUUUGUUUUGUUUUAAUUCUCUCCCGGGGGCCUUGUUGCGCAGUGCGCGCGGGGUGCACGGCGCAGCCCGCCGAGCCGCAUCACCGCCCCCGCCGAGCCGCAUCACCGCCCCCCAGCGCCAUUUGCGUCUCGCGGCCGCGCUCGUUGGACUUCCGUAACGCCGUCAAACUGACUAACGCGACCGCGAACAGGUCCAGAGUGAAUUUGAGCGCUUGAUGAUGAUUCUUCUUCGCCGGCGAAAUUAUACGGAGCAUAUAUGUUUGUGUGGUUUUUAAAAAAUAUAUAUUUCUCCCGAGAGAAAUAAACGCUGGCUUUAAGCGCGCGCGCGCGGGCCUUCGGGGAAAAGCAAACGAAACGCGUGCGCGGAGACAAAAUAGUCCGCGCGUUGACGGCGAGCAGAAAAACGCGGAGCGGAUUCUUGUAACUGGAGCCAGAAAUCUUAGGACUGGAGCAAGAAAUCCUUAAUAUACCAGGUCAAAGACAAUAUAAUCACUUCUCGCUGCAUACUCUUUGGUUCUAUUGGGUAAAGUCACGUAGCUAAAAAAUAAAAUAACAAAAAUCACUCGCUGCAUGUCGGUCUCCGUAAAAUAAGAAGUUUUUUUGUCUUUUUUAACACAUCCCAUCAGCUUGUAUACACAAAUGCUCGUGAAAUGAUGCACCCCCAGAAGGGCACAAUGUGGGGAGACGGGUUACUGCGGAUAAAUCGGUUACCAGUUUUUAAAUCGUUUUUCAUAUGUCAUAUGUUUGUGUUGAUUAGCAUAAAUAACAAUUUGCGUUUUUAAAAAUACAUUUAUAAAUGCAUAUACGACCAUAAGAACACCGUUAUGUCUACGUAAAUAAAACAUUGUAAGCGCA